CUGAAGUAUUAGUUUGCAGCUGCCACUAGAAGUCUAAUAGAGGGAGGAGAAGAAAAGUUGCUGUACAGAGACAAAAGAAGACACAGAUACAUAAAAAGGCUCUAGCGAUUUGUUUAAGUGGUCAUAUCUCAUGCCUGUGCUUGAUUUCCAGUUUACAAACUACUGCUUUAUAAUGACAUCCAUGCUGCUGCUGCUUCUGAGGUAUGCUACUGAGAUAUAGCGGAGGAGGAUCCCUCCUAAGUGUGUGCAGUGUAUGGAAGACUUCACAGAGCAGGACAACAGCAAGAAGUCCGUCCAUACCUAUCAACCUUUAGCUUCCUCUGCAACAAUGUUACCUAUCUUCACAUUUGGAAUCACUUGUUCAGAUGGAUCAAGAUUGGCAUUGAUGUUUAUGGCGUAGGCACAGGGAUUAGGAGUGUCACGGAUACAUGAGAAAAUAGAAAUCUAAGAAAAGUCUGAAAACAAGAUAACAUUCAGCAGGACCACCAACAUUCCUGGUGCACUACUCCUAAUAGAUUGUAAUUCUUUUUUCAAAAUACUAAACAACAAAGUACCCACCACAUAUUUAAAUGCAAGAUUCCUACGAAGAGUUGAUCAGGAUCCUCACAUAAAUGCAUAUACUCUACUAUAUCACAAGCUUUAAGGCAGCCGCCAUCUUUGUUAUGUUUGAUUAUUGUCUUAGUUCCCUGUGAUGCAUUUGCUAUUGCCUAUGCAUACUUGCAGUGUUUACAUGGUCUGUUGUAUUUUAUAUAACUAUUUUAAGUAGGGAUCUUAUCUUACAUUUCCUAGUAGUAUUUAUUGUAUGAGAACAUUGAAAUAUUCCAUACCUUCCACAAUUGCCACUGUGAAUUUUGGCUCCAGCUGACAGCACACCUGUCGUUUGCUUCAUGGUUCCCUUUAAUUUUGUUAGGCCUGUAGCCAUUGCUUACUUGUUUUCCACACACACUGAAGAGAGAUACAACAUUUUAUAUAUAUAUACAUGGAUGAGAAGUAGAGGAAGGGAAAUUUUGCAAGAGAUCUGUAUGUGACGUUAGAAAGGUGGAGAAAUAUGGAUGCAGAGAACAUAUGUUAAACACAUGUGUCCACUCAACAUCUGGUCCAAGAACAUAUGUUAGGAAUCCACAUUUACAUCAGACAAAAAUCUUCAUCUCAUAGCUUCCGAACUACUCAAAAAGCAUUAGCUGCUGGAACUAGAAAAUGUAGAAAAAAUAACAUGAAAUAACAAUUGAAUGGUCACCAAACAAAUGUCUAACGAAACCAAGGCAUGAAUGUCCAUUGGAACUGAGAAACCAAGAUCAGACUCUGCAACAUAGAGGACUUUUAUACUUUUGUUGAUGCAGGUGAAGAAAAUCGGCCCAACAUAGUAAAACAGGAAGACAAUGUAUAAAGAUACAUGCAUAUUUCCAUUCAUUGAAGUUGCUGUGGUCAUUGUGUGUUCCUUCACUGUAUUAGUGGCGUUUGGGUGGUGAGAACCAAGAUGCGAUGCUUGGAGAUACCUUUUAUGACCUUUUUCUUCCUGACUUGUUGGGGAAGACCCCGAAAGGAAGACCCUAUUCUUCAAUAUAAACAAGAAUUGGUUUUGAGAGCGGAACAAUUGAGAUUACUAUCUUUAAAGGAUUCUUGUAGACUUGGUCGAGAAAGAAGAUCCUUGGUUAAUCUCCAACUCCAUUCCAGAGAUGUGUACCCUAAAAGAGAACAUUGGUUUAGGACAGAGGACAAGAGUGUAGAAUGCCCAUCAAAGGAUGGAUCAGAGGACUGUAGCCUAAGAAUAAAAAACAGAGAUAGGAGCAGAGAUACAAUCCGUGACUCGACAGGUAUGUUAGAGGCUACCAAUGAAUCGAACAUGAUCCACAAUAACAAAUAUAGGGAUCUUACUAAAAAAUCCAGCAGAAAGUCCCUCAGGAGAAGCACUAGAACAGUGCAGGAACAUUUUGCUUCACUGAAAAGAAAUCGAAGAUACCCCAGAGAUGCAGAGUUUAGCAAUACGCUAAGGAUAUUAUCAAAUUACUCAGUACCUUUUUUACUACAGAAGAACAGUUCUAUUGAAGGCUCCAUCUACUUUUCUAGCGCACACAGUCGACUGGUGUUAAAUCCAGAAGCCGAGCAGCAAAUACCUCGAGAAACUUUCACUGUAGAAUUAUGGGUGAAGCCAGAAGGAGGGCAGAAUGGACCAGCGGUCAUAGCAAGUAUGUUUGACAAUUGCUCACAUGUGGCCAGUGACCGUGGAUGGUCCAUCGGGAUUCGCCCAACAAUAGCAGAGGCAAAGAGAGAUGCACGUUUCUACUUCUCACUCCGAACUGACCGCUCUCAGAGUGCUACAGUCUUGAUGUCUCCACAUCGCUACCAACCUGGCACCUGGACUCAUCUUGCUGCCAGUUAUGAUGGAGGACAAAUUAUACUCUAUGUUAACGGAGCUCAGGUUUCUAGGGCCAAAGGUCAAUUAGGACCCCUCCAUAGUCCCUUUAUUUCUUUAUGCAGAUCUCUUAUGCUUGGAGGAGACAACUCAGAAACUGGUAACUACUAUCGAGGUCAUCUUUUCUCCUUACGCCUGUGGUCAGAAACUAGAACUCAACAUCAGUUAAGAGCGGAAGCCUUGAGAAGAUCCUCGCAAACAUUACCACUAAUGCAAAGUCACUCAAUACUGUCCAGUAAUAUCUGGAGUUUAUAUAAAGAUGGAGUUCAUCCGGAAAUUAUACCAGGAGUUAUACCAGAAAUGGAAAUCAUCUCCACUAUUUCACUUCCUGCUUGUGGUAGAACACUUUGUGAUUUGCCUGAUGUGACUAGAGGGUAUAGCAGGACGGGAGUAAAAUGGGAAAAAGUGGUCAAUUACCGGGUGAUAAAUGUGUGUGAAGAUGGUGGAUCCAGACCAUUGGUAAGCAAUGAACAGAUUCAGAGACAACAUGAGGCCUUGUCCAAUGCAUACAGUCCACAUGGCAUAUAUUGGCAACUUAAUGUAGUAGAGAUUCAUAAUUCCAGUUUACGGAAUCGAGUAGUAUUGCCUGGAUGUGAACCAGGCAGAGUUGGCAAUGAUCAGUGUGACCCUGAAUGUAAACACCCCCUUACUGGCUAUGACGGUGGAGAUUGUGAUUUCUUCAGGCCUUGUAGUUCCAGUAAGAAGGGUGAUGGGGUGUGCCACCUUGAUUGCAACACUGCAAGGGAUGACUAUGAUGAUGGAGACUGUUGUCCGAAAAAAGAAUAUGGAAACAGUACAAGGACUUGCUUUGAUCCUGAUGCAAAGGGAAGGGCAUAUAUGAGUGUAAAGGAACUGAGGGAUGCCUUGCAGUUGAACAGCUCUUUGUUCCUGAACAUUUUCUUUGCUGGUUCUGCAGGGGAGGAGUUAGCUGGAGCUGCAACUUGGCCAUGGGACAAGGAUGCCCUUGGUGUUCAAGGGGGCAUAGUCUUGAACCCAUCUUAUUACGGAAUACCAAGCCACACCAACACAAUGAUUCAUGAAGUUGGUCAUGCUCUGGGACUUUACCAUGUGUUUAAAGGUGUCAGUGAACGGGAAUCUUGUGAUGACCCUUGCAGUGAAACCGAACCUUCCAUGGAAACUGGAGACCUAUGUGCAGACACUGCCCCCACGCCAAAAAACAAGCUAUGCCGAGAUCCUGACCCAACAAAUGACACCUGCGGACCAAUGUUUUACACUGGAACUCCUUAUAAUAACUACAUGAGCUACUCAGAUGAUGACUGUGCCAAUAGCUUUACCCCUAACCAGGUUGCCCGGAUGCACUGUUAUCUUGAUCUGAAAUAUCAAGGAUGGACUCGAUCUCACAAGCCUUCACCUGUUGCUUUGGCUCCAAUAGUAAUUAAACAGGGUCCAGACUUUAUCACCAUUCGAUGGCUGCCACCUAUCAACGGAGAACUAUAUGAAAGGAAUUCGGGAUCUCUUUGUGAGUCUUGUACAGCUGACGGAUCUUUCCUACAAUAUGCAUAUCAGGCCUCUUCACCCCGUGCAUGUGACAACUCUGGGUACUGGACCCCUGAAGAAGCCGUGGGCCCUCCUGAUGUGGACCAGCCUUGCCAACCAAGCUUACAGGCAUGGAGUCCCGAAAUUCACUUGUUUACCAAUAUGUCUGUCCCCUGUACUGAGCCUCAUGGAUGUAUGCUGGAGCUCCAUUUCUUAAAACCUGUUCGACCGCAGGCCCUCACCAUAUGGAUAACAUACCUGUCCCCUAACUUACUUAACCCCCUCACAAAUAUUGAGUUAGUGACAGAACAUAAUGAAUCUUUACACCUGGGAAGUAUGGAAGCGUUUUGUGAUACUCCGUUGACCAUUAGACUGAACACUGAUCAAAAAGUUUCAAGAGUCCGUGUGUAUACGUUUGAUGCAAGCAUGGAGAUAGAUGCAGCCCUCCUUGUGUCCGUGCCUCAUGAUCCUCUUUGCUCAUCCUGCAGACCUGUGAAAUACAAAAUAGUCAGAAACCCUCCUUUCCUGAGAGAGUCUCAAGGUACAAAGACUCAAGCACAGCGCACUUUCACAGACACGGAAGUGAAAUUGGGCCAUAAAUAUCAGUACCAGAUCCAUGUGGUUAGUGGGACCUCACUAGGAGAACCUUCUCCUGCACUGACUCACAUACAUGGGGCUCCGUUUUGUGGAGAUGGAGAAGUUAAUGAGGAGCUAAGAGAAGAAUGUGAUGAUGGAGCAUUGCAAAAUGGUGAUGGCUGUUCUUCAAAGUGUCAACUGGAAGAAUAUUAUAUAUGCAGAGGAAAUCCAAGUCUUUGCUACAUACCCAGUGAAGACGGUGAUAAAGGUUUAGAAAUGUCUGCUGCUUGUGAUGAGGUCACAUCCCAGGGAUACAGUGAUCAGUGGGCCUCUCAUGCUGCUUCUUCACAUGAAGACCUAAAGAAGUGCCCCGUUUCUGCAGUAAUUGGAGAACCCAUCCAAAAGAGUUGCCUGCUGUUCAGUGCGGUACCUGGAAAUAAGAUGCUUUCAUGGGUCCCCUGCAAUACGUCUCCUGAUCAGUCGGUAUGGUUGAAGGUUAGUUUUGAUAAGCCCAGUCUUGCACAUUCAUUCCUCAUCUACCUGUCCUCUGAUGGCAACCUUCCUAACAGCGCCCUGAAGGCCACAGUCACUGCUCAUCUGACAGAUGUGACGGGACAAAACUAUUCGCUUGGCACGCACCAACUUUCAUGUCAGUAUAAUCCUGUGGUCUUCAGAUGUCCAAAAAACCCAAUGUACAGAGCGGUGUCAAUCACAUUGAAGUUCUCCUCCUCAUUCAUUGGGGUUCACGGAGUGGCUCUUAGGUCCCCAGCUAGCACCAGUGACCCAUCCGUGGGGAGAAAUCAGCAACCUAGGCAAAAGAAUUGCAGCUCAUGCCCGCCGCUGCAUGUCCUACAUGGGACUACCCAAUGCUCCACAGAUCUGGAUGGAGAGACCCUGUGUUUGGUGACUUGUGAUGGGGGCUACGUUCUUCAUACAGUCAGUAAGACAGGACAUAAAACCUUGCAGGAUGCCUCCUUAAAAUGCUUGGAUGGACACUGGAAUAUGAGCGUAACGUGUGGUUUAUUGGAUUGUGGACCUCCUCCUCCAUCACUGGUAUUCCAUGCUAGUUUCUUUUGUCCAGAUGGAACAGGUCUAGGAAACCGCUGCUUCUUCACGUGCCUUUCUCCUGCCAAAUUUCAAGGCAUGAGCCAGUGGGUGACGUGCAUGUCAGAUGGCCAUUGGUCUCUUCCUGAAGGCUACUGCAAGAUUGAAUGUGAUUGCCCACCAGCCAUAGCCAAUGCCAGACUAAUCACACCUCGCUGCCAUCUGGGUAACCAUGAUGUGGGGUCAACAUGCAGGUACAGAUGUAAACUGGGCUACCACGUAGCAGAAGUUUCAGAGAGACGGCCGAAGAGGAAGUUCUUGAAAAUUCAUUGUCUGCAGACAGGGCUCUGGGCAACUGGACGAUGUAUUCCCAUCACCUGCGAACCAUUGCCCCUCAUCCUCUGGGGAUUGUACAACUGUACCCGUGGUGUGGAGUUGGACAGCCAGUGUACCCUAUACUGCAGAUCUUACACAGUAUCUACAGUGUGCAGUAAAGAUGGCACCUGGACAGAAAAAUUGAGUCUCUGCAAGGAUCUAACAGGGACAUGUCCUCCUCCGCCAGAAGCCAAUGGUAUCCACUACAUGUGUGACAAUGAUCAUGCAAUCGGGGCUAACUGCACGGCCUAUUGUAACUACCCACCAAAUGACCCAGUAAUUCUACCCAAAGGCAUGACAGCAGAUUCAGUAGAGCACUGGAUGAAUCCUACCAAGGUGCAGGAUAUUAUGUGCACAGGAACUCUACAGUGGUACCCAGAUCCUUCUACUUUGCACUGUAUCCCAUCCUGUGAGCCCUUUCAAGCAGAUGGCUGGUGUGACACAAUUAAUAACCGAGUGUAUUGUCAGUAUGACGGAGGGGACUGCUGCGCUUCUACUUUGUCCUCAAACAAGGGGCAAGUCAUUCCUUUUGGAGCCGAGUGUGAAAAGGAUGAGUGUACAUGUCGUGACCCAGAAGCUGAGGAGAAUAGAUCUCAAAGAAGUAACUGGCCAGCGCUCCUUCCACCAGAAACUGGGGAGGAAGUACAUCUGGCACCAACUUGAGGGAUGUCUAUAAAGUGUAAUAUCUCACACUCAACAGUUGUUUCAGUUUUAUCAAUGUCUCAUCAACACACAAGGUCUUCGCUACUGAAAUACUUCAAGCAGAUCAUCAAACCCCAGGGCCUCAAAAAGAAUAUAGAAGUGGAUGCGGACAUUUAGAAGAUGUGUUCUCAGCAUUACAGUUGAGACGUGCGCACAGAAACUUUAUAUUAUCCUUACCUCCAUCUGUUAUUUACCAAAUGUAGACUGAUAUUCCAGAGCACUUUUAUUCGUUGCAUUCCAUCAUCUGCCCACUCAGUAUAGACUAAGACAUAGUAACCAAAGGCAGAUAUCGUACCAUACAUGUCUCAGUGUUUUGUCCAGUCAUUUGCAUGACCACAGUAUGUUGUGUAUAUUGGAUUUGUAUUGGAUUAGCAAUCGUCACUAUGCCUGCAGUCCAAGGUAUUUUAUAAAAUUAUAAUAUAUUAAUAAA